GGAGUGGAAGGGUUAAGAGAAGUGAAGUGACAUGAAGGGGAGGAAACAAAUGAACAGCGACAGAACCUGUGAGACUAUUAAUAUUACUGGAGCCUGAGGUGAGUUGCUGCUGCCCAGGAGAAGUCUACCAGAAAGAAGCUGCAGCAGAACAUUAAACAGGCUUGGGACUGAACUUGGGACAUUAAACACUCUGUAUUUGAGUAAGGAGCAGAGUUAAACUCAUCAUCAAGAUUGUCAGUAACUUCAAGAUAUCAAUAUUGUUGCUGUCUCUCAUAAGGAUGAAUGAAAGACUCACUUUAACCAGACUGAAGGGUGACAUGAGUUGGCGUGGAACAGUCUUGUUUUCACACUAUUGGAUCAAUCAGUUGUUGGACCUUUGAGAGAACACUUAUUCCCAGAGACUUACCAGGGCUGCAGUCAUGUCAAACUCCCAGGAGCAGAGCCUGGAUGAGGAUGUGGUGUUCCUGCCGGUUAAUGAGUCUUCCCCAGAGUUCCUCCACUGUGAGAAGGAGCGUCAAGCAGUGGAGAGACUCAUAAGUGCAGGACCAGAGGCCUUCUACAGCGCCAUCGGCACGGAGCGCUCUGGCUGCUUCCUGUCAUCCGAAGAGGUCAGCCAGAUAACAACCUGGGCUCAGGACUAUCGCUUCAACCCACCUCAGGUGCAAAGACUCGAGAAUGGAGAAGAAGGCGGUUCAGACAUGAAGGACUUCUGUUCAACGUACUUCCCUUCCCACUCGGACGUACCACUUCCAGACCUGGAGCUGGGCUGGCCUGAGAAAAGCCCCUGGGUUCCAAAGGGAAGUAUUACAGUCCACACCAAUCCUCCUGCCGAGGGAGAACCUCCUGUCAGAGAAGUCAUUAGACGGCACCUACAGAAAGCCAGCCAGGUGAUUGCCAUUGUGACAGAUAGAUUGACAGAUGGGGCAAUAAUUGGGGAUUUACACAAUGCUGCCUCAAGGGGAGUCCCUGUUUACAUCAUCCUGAACCAAAGGUCCAUUCAGGAGAACUUCACGCUCAACAGGCUCCGUCAUCCGAACAUGCAGGUUCGUGUGCUUGGAGGGAAAACCUUCUGUUCAAGGGCAGGAAGAAUGGUGGUCGGGGAAAUGAAAGACAAGUUUCUCCUGGUGGAUUUAGAGACAGUGAUUCAUGGAAGCUGCAGCCUCACAUGGACUGACGCCCACCUGCACCGACAGCUCAUCACUGUCCUGCAAGGCCCAGUCACCGACUCAUUUGACAGAGAGUUCAGGAUCCUUUUUGCUGCUUCCCUUCCAGUCUCAGACACAUGGAGGGUUGCAGAAACUCACGUAGAUGUGGCCCAUCAGCUAAAAGACUUCUCACAUCACAGGUUUCAAAAACAGCUCUCUUGGGAGCGUGAGAUAACCAGCCCCCCUUCCCCACCUGCUGAUUCCCUCCUGGACUGGGAAGCCAUGGGGGUUAUUCAGAGAAACUCCUUCUACCCGGACAGCCCUUUUGAUCAACAUGAGGACAUUUUGGUCAAGGAGAUAUCAAUGCAGAACAACAUGCUGUUUGCCAACACACCCAUUGUGGACAAUUUUACUAACAAUGGAGACCAAUCCAUGGAUAAGAAAAGAGUCAGUAAAAUCACCUCCCCAGUGACAAACAAUAUGCCUGAAAUGUCAUUAUCUUUCAGGGAUCCUGAUUAUUUUCACAGCAACACACAGCUCUCAAAAACAGACCUGAGAUCCCCAGAAAGAAUGAAAAGCAGGGUGGAACGAGAAAUAGAAAAAGGCCUUUCCAGGCAAUUCUCUGCAGAGAAGAACUCAGAUCCAUAUGACAAAACAAGACUUGAUGAUAAAGCAAAAGAGCCAGCACACAUAAUGGUGACACCUUCACCUUCUCAGAGAAGAGAGUGCUUAAGGAGGGAGUCCUUUUUGGAAGAAGAGAGGAGAGAAAACGAAAAAAGUUCCAAAGUGGAGAACACAACAUCCUCCAGAAAACCUUUAAUACUGAGGGUGCCGCAGUCUGAGAGCUUCAGCUCACUCAGUGACAUUAUGAAGAGGAUUCAGCUUCAGGAGAGCUCUUCAGGUCGGCUCAGUAGAGGAUCAAAGGCCGCCGUGUCAGAGAUGAGCCGGUCCAUGAUGGAUCUGAGCGUACAUAACGCAGAUACAAAUCAUGACGAGAGAGGAGUCCCGGUGCCUCGGUUCAAGGCCAGUUGCUUUGACCCGGGUCGCACAACACCAGCUUCCUCCCUGAUGAAGAACAGGAGCGAUGACUUGAAACCUUUAUUAUACAGGACUCCGACCGACUUUCCACCAAGACAUAGGCCUCGCAGCUCCAGUUAUGCCCUCAAUAUGGACUGGAGGAGGUCACUUGCAGAGAUGAAAAGUGAGCAGGAAUGAGCAGCACAAGAAAUAAGAAGAUGAACUAUCAAUGAGUGCAACAUCAUCAGCAUCAUAUAAAACCAACUUACACCUCUAAAAGAAUAAAAACAAGAAAGACAUAGUGUACAUUAGAAUUGAGAUUGACACUCUUUUGUAUGUUGUUUACUUACAAAAUAACAUAUUGAGGAAUUUCUCCUACAAUGUAAAAACAAGUGAUUGGUAUUUGUUGUUGCAUCAAAAAGAAGAAAUCAGUUGUGAAGGUAUAGGCCUACAUCAAAGACAAAUAGAUCAUGUCAUUUCUUUUUUUCUGGGAUUUUGGGGGCAUGAAGUUACCAUUUUAUGAUUUAAUGUGUUUUUUUAAAUCCAACAAAAACCAAUAGGCUACUUUCAUGGAAGUGCAGCCUAUACUUUUACAUCACUGAUAAAUAAAUCUGUUUCCCAAAGAUAUUCAUUUGUGACACACUUGAAAUAAUGCAUCAAAAUUGAAAUGUAGGGGGGCUAUUAACAAAAUCAUGAAUUUGAUAAGGAAAAAUAAAAAAUAUGUUUUUGAUGA